CGUUGACGGAUGUCAGACUAAAACAGGAAGGUUCGUUUCUCGCGGGCUUAAGGUACAAAUACAAAUAUGGGGCGAGUAUGCGGGUGUCAGACAGUCACUAAUAACAAGGUAACCUAAGGAUGUCCACAGAUGACAGUAUAUCUGAAGAGGUGUCCUAUUCUGCUGGUGUGAGCCAUGAAAAUGUUGAGAGCAGUGGCACUAAAGAGAGCGAGUCCUCCAUCAUAUCAUCAGAGGACAGCCCCCCAAUCCAGCCAGGAGCAGACAUGGAGAAGUCUCCUGCAAAGCCUGUCAAAACAGUGAAAGGAUUCUUCUGGUCUUCUCCAGAACUGAUGAACAGCACUGACCCUAGAACUGCAAUACAGCACAGCUCAAACAAGAGCAGGGUAAAUGCAGGUGAAACGCUCGGCUCAGAGAGAAAUCUACCUUCCAUAAACCCCAGUCCUAUUGAAAACCUAACAGCUCUAGUGAAAGACAUCCAGAUAAGUGGAGACUGUGACCCAGAGGUUUGGAAGAACUGUGAGGCCAGAUGGCUCCAGCUGUUUCAACUGGUGGAAAAGCAGUACCAAGAUCAAAUUCUUGCCCAACAUGAACAGUACCAGUGCCAGAUUCAACUCAUACAGGAUGAAAUCAAAGCUUUAGUCCUGAUAAAGAAGAAGCAGAACUCCCUGCACAAUACUGAAGCGUUUGCUGUGGUUCCUGAUAACUCUGUUUUAUUAGGAAUUCUUAACGGAUGCCAUUCAAAACCCUUUUUGCGGCACAAACAGACUUCCAUACAUCCCAGUGCUGGUGAAAUAGGAAGACCGCACAAUUCCUCAGACACGAAUCCAGAGGACUCUGCUUUUGCUGUUUUACUGAGCAGUGGGUUUGGGACGGGUGGCCCGGAACAUAGUUUAAACAAACACGUGGACUCCAGUAACGGCAAGAACACCUUGAAGGGAAAGCAUGCAGGGCACGCUCUCUAUCCCUCGGAAAACCUGUCAUGCCCAUUUAAGUCAGACAGGGUUUCUAAAGGAAAUAACUCUCAGCAUGAAUUACGGACUGCUCAGGAAAAAAUGUGCAACGUUUCUCCUGCAGGCAGUAAGCAAACCAAUCCAAACCUGUCAGUUGAUCAAAGAAAAAUGAAGGGUUGUGUGUAUUACAGUCAGUUAUUGACAUCAUGGGCACAGAAGCAAAAGCAUAAGAGCAGAGCUGUGCAGGACACACGCCAGGAAGAGCAGGCAAAAAGGAACAGGAGUCCAGAUCAUCACGAAGAUAUUCAUUCUUGCUCUGCUGUACAGUCGCCUCAUUCCUUCUUCCUAGGGAAACGAAAUGAUAGCCCAGACUCCCUCGUGUCUGAAGCUUCAGGUCUUACAUACUGGAAACUGGAUGAAAGUGAACUGUAUCGCUCUUUGCCGGAGAACUUGGAAAAUGGGUCCUAUUUUUACAUGCAAGAUGAGUCUAUCAAUCCGCAUCACACAGACGAGCCGAGGCUGCCUGCUUCUCUUAAAGUAAUCUAUCAUAUGAAGCAAAAGGGAGACGCAAACAUUCAUGACAGGGAUUCUUAUUCUUCCCAGUUUGACCCAAGUCAGUCUGCUCCACAGGUUUUGACCCUUGACCCAACACUUCACAUGAAGCCAGCUGAUAGGGAUUCAUUGUUUUCCUCACCUUCUCAUUUCAAUACUGCAUCAUUCCUUGAAGAAACCAAGCCUUCAGCAGCUGCCGGGGAUGCAGUUAGUCCAGACUCCAUGGCAGAAGCGCCUUCUCAAAGCCAUACUGACACCUAUUCCAUUUCAAACGACAGUAGCUUGUCAGCAGAACAGAUAAAUGGGACGCAUAGACUUUCUUUACAAAAAAGUGCUUUACCAAGCAAGAACAGGAGUCUUUGUUCUACCUCUCCGAAAGCCGUUUGCACAAAUGGACAGCAUCCAGCUUUCCGUAACGGCAUUCAGAACGAUAGCUUGUCCAACACAGAUGAUGAAGGGAGCUGCUCAACCCUCACCCCACCGUCUAGAAUAGAGAGCAGCCUGUCUCUGCAUGCCAGUGGAGCCAGGGGUUCAGACAGAACCAUAUCCUUGUCCUCCUUGGAGGACCCUGUUGUUUCGUCACUGGUGAGACAGAACCUGAGAGAGAAACAUUCUCGUCAUGUCGCAGAUCUUCGUGCUUACUAUGAAUCUGAGAUUAUUAGCUUGGAACAACAGCUCGAGGCUGUAGUAAGGCCUCCCAAUUCAGUUAACAUGGAGAGAACUAAUGAAAAUCUCCAAGAAAGGUGUGACCAUCUAGAAAGAGCACUAACUGAGGCAAGCAGUCGUAUAAGAGACCAGGAAAAUAUGAACCGGUUGUUAGAAAAACAGCUGGUGGAUUGGCCUGAUCGUUAUGACACAGCCAGCGCCGCUGCUCAAGUCCUGCAGCAGCGCCUUGACGAAAUGAAGCACAGUAACAAAGCCAAGGACAAUGCUAUGAACAAGCUGAAAGCCCGGCUGAGAAACCUGGAAGAGGCAUUUCAGAAUGCAUGCAAGGUCUCGGACGAUAAAGAGGUCAGAAUGAGAAAGGAGCACAAGAUGUUACAGGAUCUUCUAGUGGAAUACGAAUCUCUGGGAAAGGAGCAUGAAAGGGUUAAGGAUACAUUGGUAUCAACUGAAAACAAGCUUUUUGACGCAAACACACAGAUAUCUGAACUAAAGAGAAUUAUUUCAAAGCUUGAAGCUCAAAUAAAACAGCUUGAACACGAAAACAUUAUGAAACUCCGUCACACAACUCCGAGUCAUUCGCAAGCAUCAGGAGUUGGGCUGUUGCUCAACCGCCCUGAAGUGUAUCGCUCUCCCAGUAAAGCCCCUGUUGACCUUGAUGCUAACAGAAGAAAGUUGCUGACCCCUGGAGCUGACUAUUCCAUUUUCACAGGACAGCCUCUGGAGAAUGAUUUAUAUGAGAACAGCAGCAGGUGUUAUUCUCCUCCUGAAAAAGACGCAACUCGGAGGGAAACUACUGUGGCAAAAGAGGGGCUGAAAAGAGACCCCUCCCUCACUCCCAUAAUGAAGGCCCUGAUUGAGCUGGAUGGGACAAAAGCUACAGAGGGACGGGCACUGAGGAAAUCAGGUGCCAGCGACUCACGAUUUGGAAGUUGUAAACCUAGUGUAAGCUUUGCAGAGACUUGCAGUAGGGAUCAGCUUUCAGAGAAAAGCAGCAGUCCAGUGCAGCUCCAGAGAAACAGCUCCCCUGUUGGAAACAGAUCUUCAUCUCUGCCUCCUCACAACAGGAAAGCCAGCCCUGUUUCCACACCCACUAAAAGAGAUACAAUGAUAACCCCAGUUUCAGCAAAGUCAAGCCCAAAACGAUGCCCAAGAGAGAAUUUUUCACCCGGAAUGAGCCACCUGCUUGGCAAGCAUCGGAGCUCUCCGACUAGGUUUGGUGUGAGAUUGGAUGAGGUUGAUGUUGCCUCAGCUUCACCCUCACAUAGCCCCAGCCCUAGAAAGAGACUUCAGUUUACCUCCUUGGACGAACCAGAAGUAAGUUAUCAUUCAAGCAACGCUGGACUGAGACUUGAUAGCCGCACGGAGUCUGCACUGAAAGCAGUGAAGCAGGGUGCCGUGACGAGUCGAUCAGCCUGGGAGGACGAGACCACAGCCAUGCAUACAGAGAACCACGCACCAGGGCUACUGAAGCCCUAUGAGACAGAGCUGACCUACAAAGCAAGGAUGGAGUCGCUGGCACAAACAGAGAGGAUUUUUGAUGAGCUCACACAAGAAAAGCAACAGAUUGAGGCUACGUUAAGUCGUUUACCAGGCGUUGGAGGAAGAGUGACCCUGAAAGCAAAAUUAGAUGAAGAAGCCCUGGAAGAUCGUUUGGAGAAAAUCAACCGGGACCUGGGGUCUAUCCGUAUGACUUUAAAGAGGUUUCAUGUUUUACGGACCUCUGCAAAUAUAUAGCAAUCUUCAUCUGCCAUGAGCUCAUUCAGUACUUGCACUAGCAUGCCGUUUAGGGUUCUUUGUUUUCACAGCUUAUUUUUUAAAGCAGACUAGACUUCUUCAUUGAAGCAUUAUGAGACCUGUUAAUUGUGCCGCUGAAUUCGUCACUUUAUACAAUAACGGAUGAAGAUACAAGGAAAACUGUAAGAGAGACGAUGAAUGGGAUGGAAAACAUGUAAACACCUUUGUCUUCAACCUUCAAGUUUAAACUUUGCGUUUUCUUAUUUCAAGUACACAGAGAUCUUUUAUGUAGACUACUUUCUUGACAACACUAUUUACUUAAAGGUAUAUUUGAAUGUAAAACGUGUAAAACAUAUAUUUAAAACUUUCUGAAAAUGGAGGUUUUAUCUGAACAUGGUUAAAGAAAAUGAAGGAGAAAACACACAACAAAAAUCUUUUAGAAAACUCCUGGUGUCAAAAAUCUACUGGCUGACUUUCUGUGUUUUGAAACAGUUGAGAUCUGACUCGGAGCAAGGCAACUAUAAAGUUAGCAAAUGAGACGGUACAUUAGUGACUGAGUGAGUGAUACAAGUGCAGAGAUGUUAUUUUGCUUUAAAAACAGUAGCCUCGUAUACUCCUGGCAGCAUCUCUGCAAAGAAAAAAAAAUUGUCUUUAAUCUACAAUAUUUUUUAAUUCUGAACCAUCACUUUGAAAAUACCCGUAGACAGCAGAAUAAAUGCUGAACUACGGGCAUUAGAAACGGCUCCGCACAGAAAUUAAUAUUUGUGCAGGGGCGUGGUUUGUUCAGAUGCGUUUAUGUGUGAAACAAAAAAUGUAUACAAGCAACACUGGAGAAUUCACGUGUGAAGCAACAGCACCUGCAUGACCAAUUUGACCAACUUUAAAAAUACCCCCCCCCCCCCCCCCCCCCCCCCCCCCCUGCAAAGCCACUGUAACCUGUUACACAGUGAACAUGUUUAAUGUUUCAAGAACAAAAAUGGGCUUGAAAUAAAUGUUUCUAUAAAGAGAGUCCCUCAAAUAAACCCAGAAAACAAAUAACCAACAUAUAUAGUUUAUUCUCUGUGCUCUUAAAAUCAUUCCCAUUGUAUAUUAGCAUUGUUGUACAGACUGUUUUAUAUUUUUGUGACUAGGAUAUAUUUUGUAUGUGUUUUAUUACAUAAUACAGAAAUCACAAACUUUUUAUGGUAUAUUUUUAGUAUUGGUCAAAUUUAUAUAUUCUUUACUUUUUUAGGACACUUUUAAAGAGUAGUAUAUACAGUAACUUGUGAUGCCAUUUUAUAUUUGCUUGUCAAUUUCAAAAAGUAUGUUUUUAUUGUAUAUUCAUUCCAGAACUGGAGUCCUGUUAAUUGUAGCAAUACUAAGAAAUAGGUAUGUGCAAAAUCAAGUCUACCAGUAAUAAAAUGUACCUCAA